CCUCACUACAAUAAACGAACACCACGCCACAGCCGCGAGACGCAUCCAUCGGCAUCUCUCGACGGAAAUAGCAAGCGCCACCCGCCCAGCCGCGCUGACCCUCGCCUCCGCGCCCGGCCCGGCCUCGCGCCCCGCACCUGCGCCGCCUGCAGCAGAUGCCGAGCCGCCCUGCCGCCGUCGACCUCUGCUGAGCAUGGCCGCCGCUCCCGCGGGCGCCCAGAACCGCUGCGUCUUCGUUGGUAACAUUCCAUACGAUGCGACGGAGGAGCAGCUUGUGCAGAUUUGUGAAGAAGUCGGCCCAGUCGUAUCCUUCAGAUUGGUUAUUGAUAAAGAAACUGGAAAGCCAAAGGGUUAUGGCUUUUGCGAGUACAAGGAUGAGGAGACUGCUCUAAGUGCACGCCGCAACCUUCAGGGUUAUGAGAUUAAUGGUCGUCAGUUGCGUGUUGAUUUUGCUGAAAAUGGGAGGAAUACUGACAGAAAUAGAGAAAAGGGUCGUGGAGGACCAGGAAUGGCAUCUAGUGUUGAUACUCAGAAACAAUUAACUGGGACUUUUGUUGUUGGAGAUACAAGCCAUCAGCCUGUUGGUCUUCCACCGGCAAUACAUGCUGCAUCUGUAAUGGCUGGCGUUCUUGGUGCCGCUCAAACUGCAAAUGUUCAAAACGGUUUACCUGUCCAGUAUGGACUUGGAAACGACCCUCUUACUCAUUAUUUGGCCAGAAUGUCAAGGCAUCAGUUGCAUGAAAUCAUGGCUGAAUUGAAGUCCUUAACUACUCAAAAUAAGGAACUUUCCAAAAAUUUGCUGCAAGGAAUUCCACAGCUGCCGAAGGCCCUAUUUCAGGCACAAAUAAUGCUCGGGAUGGUGACAUCACAGAUGAUGCAGAUGACAAAGAGCCAACAGCCCUCUAGCUCCUUGGCACAAUCAUCAUCUCACCUCAAUGAACCAUUUCCACAGCCAGAUGCUAUGAUUUCAGUUGUCUCAAGACCAUCGAGUUUGCCAGCUAACAUACCACCAAACCCAACUGUCCUGCAGGAAUCAACGGCAACACUACAUAAUUUUCCUCAGUAUCAACAUGCAUCUCAGCCUCCAGUCAAAAUGUUUCAACAUGAACAUCAGUCUGGGGUGGCCAUGUUUCAACAUGAACAUCAGUCUGGGGUGGCCGCACAUCCUCCAAUGCUAUCUCUGCCCCUCGGCGGUUCUUCCAAUGUUCCUACUCAACCCACUGUGACUUCAGUAGGCUUAAUCUCACAAGUUGAGCCCCCAUUUAUGCCACAGCACCCUAGACAACCAGUUAUGCCGACAAAUGUACAACAGCUACCGUUGACCCAUCUUCAUCUCCCUCAGGUAGCUGCAGCACCUGAGACACUACCGAAUGAAAUAAGGGUGGCUGAUCAAGCAAGUCAUUUGGCGGAGUUUCCUCAUGCUCCAAAGUUGAGAAAAUUGGAGGAUGGAACCUCUGUGCCUGGAAUGGUAAACAACAGCCCCCCUGUUUAUAAUGCUCCAUCUCAAGCAGUGGCUCCUAGUGGACCAUCAGGGAACUAUAGUGCUGGUUCUGCUAGCUUUCAGCAACCAGAGAAUGAAGUGACGCAGCUCACACCCGACGUGGAAUCAGCUCUUCUGCAGCAAGUAUUGCAGCUGACACCUGAGCAGCUGAGUUCAUUGCCAUUAGAGCAGCAGCAGCAGGUGAUUCAGCUCCAGAAGAUGCUAUCAGCUGGUAACUAGUGCCAACUGAACGGGCAUAACAAAAUUGCCAGUUAAGGUACUUGCACAGCACAACAUGGCAACAAGAGGAAAAUGGACAUGACCAUCGGUUUGUCAGCCACAACACCUGCAACUUGUCAACAUUGUUGGCAUCUCGACGCCUUCAGUUUUGCUCAUGAUUAUUCGUCUCGAUUUCUUUCCUCUGAUCGAGAUAAAAAUGUGAUGGGGGAAGAUAGUGUGAAGAAAGGUGUUCAUUAUCCAUCACUGCUGUAUCAUUAUAGAAAAAAGAAUAAUCUGUAUCAAGAUAAGGGAGGUGCAUCACUGCUUUUCCCAAAUGGGUUGUAACAUCACAUAUUUUUUGCCCUUCAAUUUUUCUCAAAACAAUCACUGAUAGGCAAUGGAUUCGAUGUAUGCAUGAUGAGCUAGAGAUUUGUUAUUUUGUUACCAUAGUUUCCUCAUUUUAUUGUAUUAAGCCUGUUUGGAAGCUCUCA